GUUACUGUAACCUCGACCGACUGGUUCGGCUGCACCAGGGCCACAACGCCGCUGCCGGCCGUCAAUACAGGACUGCUUUCUUUACGUGAGUAAACAAUGAGGAGUUGGCUUCUGUGUGUACUGGCGCUGGCGGUGGUGGUAUACUGUUCAGCCCAGCACUCCAACCGGUAUGACAACUUCAACGCAGACUCCAUUAUACAGAACGAGAGAAUCCUCCUUGCAUACUACAAAUGCGUUAUGGACAAGGGACCCUGUACCAAGGACGGGAAAAACUUUAAACGUGUGCUACCAGAAACAUUGACGACUGCGUGCUCUAGAUGUUCGCCUAAGCAGAAAUUGGUUGUUCGCAAAUUACUACUCGGCAUCAGAGUAAAAAGUGAACCACGCUUUCUCGAGUUACUAGACAAAUAUGACCCACAAAGAGUCAAUAGAGAAGGCCUCUACAGUUUCUUAGUCACUGGUGUCUAA